GGAAGAAAGAAGCAUUGGAGAGUGGUGAGCGAAGGCAUUUGCGAUUAGAAAUGGAAGGAGACAGUAACAGCAACAAAAGGGGUGAAGGAAGCAAUAGCAGCUACACUCUGAAACCCUCACGAAUAUGCAACGAAGAUAUCAUAUUCUGCAUCGACGUCGAUCCCCAAUCCCUGGUUGAGAUGAAAGGGGCUACAGGUCCCAAUGGCAGACCUCUCACUCGUUUGGAUUCCAUCAAACAAGCCAUCAUUCUCUUCGUCCAUUCCAAACUCACAAUCAAUCCCCAACAUCGCUUCGCUUUCGCUACUCUCUCCAACUCCUUUUCUUGGCUCAGGAAAGACUUCAGCGGCGAAAUUGACUCAGCAAUUGCAGCUAUGCGAGGCCUUUCAGCUUCUUCUUCCACUGUCCAACCUGAUCUCACUAAUUUGUUCCGAAUUGCUGCCCAUGAAGCUAAGAAAUCACGUCUGCACGGUCGCAUUUUAAGAGUCAUUCUAUUCUACUGCAGAUCAACGGUGCGCCCACAGCAUCAGUGGCCAGUGAACCAGAAGCUCUUCACUUUGGAUGUAAUGUACCUUCAUGACAAGCCUGGACCUGACAACUGCCCCCAGGAGAUCUAUGAUACACUGGUGGAAGCACUUGAACAUGUUAGUGAAUAUGAGGGUUAUAUCUUGGAGAGUGGACAAGGGUUAGCACGCGUUCUUUUCCGUCACGUGUUGAUACUCUUGUCACAUCCUCAACAACGCUGUAUCCAGGAGUAUGUAGAUAUACCCAAGUCAAUUGCAAAGAAGACUCCUCAGGUGGAGCCAAUGGCUACUGAAGAUAGUGUCCCAGUAUCCAGCCAAUAAGAAUGGAUGUAAAUUUUCUGCCUGAUGCUUGAUUUCCCUUCGUUUCAAGUUUAGGAGCUGUAGAAAUGAGUUGUACUUCUCCUCCCUCAAAGGUAAUGGAAUUGGUCAUAGAUUGCAAAGUUCAAGUUGGACCCUAUUGUUACCAUGUAUUGCAAAGGUUGAUACCAGCAUGAACAAUAUUUCUUUGCGUUGGGAUUAUAUUCCUACAAUCCUUUUGUUCUCUGGUGAAUGCCGUUUGGUGUUUUAAAUCAGUGAAUCAAAUGUAUGGGAAGUUUAUUUUAGAAUACAUCAUUUUUGUGAUCGAAGGUUUACGCUUGGUAAUGAAAGCAAACUGUGAUUCUACG